UCUGGCCAUUUUCCAGUCGGGCCCCUUUUCUAUUAAAGAAGAAAAUCCCGAAAAUCACGGCGCAAAGAAAGGAAGAAAGAGACGCAACCGCGUUUUGAGAGGUCACCCAGAAAAAAGUGCGUAGAGCGCGUUUCUGCCGGAUCGGUCGGAAUCUGCGGUGCACGCUCGCAGCCUCUCUGCCCCCCCGUGCGCGUGCGCGCGUGUGUUUACAAGUGUUUGAACGACUGCCAAAAGAAGAAGGAGGAAAACGCCGAGGAAGGAGGGAUGGUGGACAAUUCAAGCAGUAGUAAGGCACAAAUGCCCAGCAUGUCUCAGGAGCCUGGUGUGGCUUUUCCUCCAAGCACCUCCACAGGAGGAAUGAAGCUGGAGGCAGUGAUGGAGCAGCUCCAACGCCAGCAGCAGGCACGACUGGAAAUGGAGCGCAAGGAGAGAAAGAUACGAGAAGCCCACAUAAUGUACGCUCAGCAGGUUGCUGCCCAGCAGGCCAUCCUAGCAGCUGCCCGGGCUUCUGGAGCCACCUUCAUGGGCAAAGGCCUGCCAGGAGGCAUCGCUGGUGGUGGAUUGCCUCCCCGGAUGUCCAAUCAGAGCAGUGUAGACUCAGACAGGGAGGAUGAUGAGGACAGAGGUCGGGAUUCUGGGGAUGAGGACGAUGACAAUGAGAUGAUGGAGGGGGAUGAGGGCAGCGACGAGGAUGAGGGAAGUGCCAGUGGGCUGGAGUUCCUACGCAAGCAGACCCUUGCUUUGCAGCAGAAUGCCUCCCGAAUCCCACCCCGUCCAUUUGGCAGUUACUCUGCAUCGGCCCCCCAGAGGGCUGCAUCCCCACCUGUUAGAGUGAAGCAGGAACCCGAUGAGGGCCUGUCUCCUGCAGGGGCACACUCUGCUACUUCUCCUAAUGGACAAGCUGACUGGGGCUUUGAUGACCACUUCAGACAGAAUGGCAGUGCAGGGUGGGCAGAUGAGGCUGACAGCAGCAGAGGAAGAGGAGAGGCCUCCAGAGACUUUGCUAAGCUGUAUGAGCUGGACAAUGACCCCAAAAGGAAAGAGUUUUUGGAUGAUCUCUUUGCCUUCAUGCAGAAAAGAGGAACCCCAGUCAAUCGUAUUCCCAUCAUGGCCAAGCAGGUCCUAGAUCUGUAUAUGCUGUACAAGCUGGUGACAGAGAAGGGAGGCCUCGUCGAAGUGAUCAAUAAGAAGAUCUGGAGAGAAAUCACAAAGGGACUCAACCUGCCCACCUCCAUCACCAGUGCUGCUUUUACUCUGCGGACACAGUACAUGAAGUACCUGUAUCCGUAUGAGUGUGAGAGGAAAGGCCUCAGUUCCCCAGGCGAGCUUCAGGCCGCCAUCGAUAGUAACCGACGCGAGGGUCGCCGUCCAUCCUACAGCAGCAGCCUGUUCCGCUUCUCUCCCUCUCCCAGCACAGCUCCCCACAUCCUUUCACCUCCCAAGAUGCACCUUCCCAGUCUGGGAGCGGGGACCUCAGUGACCAUCAAUGGGCUGCAGGCCUCACCGGGACCUUCUCUGAAGAAAGAUGACCUGACCCCUCCAAUCAUGGCUGCAAGGCCCUCCAUGGCUCUGGCCCUGGGUCAGCAGCAGGUUGCUGGUUUGGCCAGAGCUGCCACACUGGAGCAGCUCAGAGAAAAGCUGGAGACCGGCGGUGGAGAGGGGCCAGAGAGGAAGAUGGCUCGCCUGGCAGAGGAGCAGCAGCGCCUGAUGCAGCAGGCUUUCCAGCAUAAUCUGCUGGCCAUGGCUUCCCAAAUGCCUAUGAACCUGCGUCUGGGAGCCCCCGCCAUGCCCACCAGAGAAGAGAAGCAGCAGGACAUGUCUCUGAGUAUCUCAACCAAUGGAAAUGCCAGCAUCACUGUCUCAGUAGAGGUCAAUGGCACAAUCUACUCAGGAACCCUGUUCGCCCAGAAGCCUGGUGGGGGCCCAGGGCCAUCUGUGGCUGCUGCUGCUGCUGCUACCGCUGCUUCAGCCUCUCCUGCUGGAACCAGUGCGAGCUUUGGCUUCUCCGCACCCCAGGCCCAGACCCUCAGCCCCACAUCCUCUUCCUCCUCCAAGGGUCCCAGCUCGGCUGAGCCGACCCCCACCGGGUCACCCUAACUCAGGCCGCCCUUUGUACCUCUUCCCCAGGCCUCUGCUCCUGAAUAUACAGUACAAUAAGAAACCGAUAAGAAACUGUUGCACAACAAAUACCUCAUCAACCUGUCUUGGCUGUCCAAUCAUGAACACAGAGCCUGAGAAUUUAAUGUGUCCAAAAUAAACUGCUAUGCAUUUUAUUUUGAUCUAGCACACACACACACACACACACACACACGGAAACACACACGGAAACACAACACUACAAACGCAUACAUCAUGCACAGACACACAUACGUUUGUUAAUCCUAAUCGACAUGCUAAACACAAUCAGCUCAGCCAAAACCCACUGACAGGUGUAGUCACAACUGAACUUGAAAAGUUUAUUUUAGGACAUUUUGUUUGUUUGUUGCCAUUUUGUUGUCUUUUUUUUUUUUUGGAUUUUGUGUUUUAGAAUGAUUUUGUUUUUAGUUUUUCUCUUUUUACAUACCUCAAAUCAAAUAACCUGCAGUGGUGUCUUUACCUCAGGAGCUGUAGAAUAUUUAACCUGAAUCAACUUUAUUUUUAUAUAUUUUUUUUUGACCUAGUUGCAAUCAGAGGAAGUUGGGUAACUCUCACCCGUGGAACCCUGUGUACAGAGCACCCAACUUACAAUGAUGGUCCUCCAACCGGGGCUGCUCAGGUUUCUUCAACAUGCUGUAGCGUCAAACUGGUGAUGAUCUGAUGCUGUAGAUCAGCACAUUAAAUACCUCAUUUCAUCCUUUCAGCUGCUCUCAGUUGAGAUCUUGAGAAGUCCACUGGAAAGGUUGCAAAUCUAAAAUUUAAAUAGUCUCAGCUCCACGUGAGUGCACAAAAUCGGGUUAACAGCAACAGGCCCAGUAGAGCCUGAGCUUCGUGUUUCCACCCAGAGCGGUACAGAGGGGUGAUACUGAGGCAUUCCUAGCUCCUGCAGAACAGAUUUGAGUGUGUUGUUCCCCCAUUGUGUUUGUGCAUCCUUCCUCCAGCUGCAGCCACAGAGCUGAAUGUCGAGUGGGGUGGCGUCAUCAUCAUAUAUCUCUGACCACACACUGACCUCUCUGCUCUGGGGGGGGGGGGGCGUCUCUCUCAGGAAAUGCAAUGUGACAAGGAAUCACUGUCAGCUUAACGAGAAACAAAAAAAAACAAAAAAAAAAAAAAAAAAAAAGGAUUAAUACGUGAAGAAUGCACAAGCCUACAUGACUGUUUCAAGAAUACCUCAUCAGACUCUCUGAAAAGGAGAGCGACACUACAUACCUCAUACGGCUGCGAAGCCAUCGAGACUUGACGCCCCGAAUCCUACGUGAACUGUUAUGGACAUACUGACACACUGCUGGUGGUUUUUGGGGACAAAGAAGUGGGACGGGUUUGAUAUCUUUCUCCUGUAUUUACUUGUAGAACGUGUUUCACGCUUGCUUCUUCUUGCAUUUUUAUUUUCUUUUAGGUUCAUCAGGUUGUCUGAGAAGAGUAAUAUAUCUGAGUUUUUUUUUUUUCAGCAGAGAAGAACAGAAAAGAAAAGAUUUUUUUUUCUUUCUUCAUAAUGACGUUUCCAUUGGGUUAAGAGCAGAUCGAUGCAACCUUAAGUUUGACUGUGUAUGCCUAAAUUGCAUCUUUUUUGUGAUGAUGGCAAAAUCAUGAUAUGCAUUUGAACAAUCAUGUGACCAGUGUUUUUUUUUUAACACCUCCAUCCUCUGGUUAUUGCACAGCUACAUACCAAAGACUAGCACGGUCAGUCUUCAUGAAUGCCUUGUACAAUCCUGCAAACACCUGAUGUGCACAGCAAGGCAGGUCUCACUUGGACUUCAAAAGGUGGCUGUUUCAAUCUGAUUAGAUUACAGCAGAAAUGGUGAUUUAAAGACUCAAAACCUGAGUACAUGACUUGUACAUAUGGGGAUAAUUGGCAGAUAUUCAUAUUUCAUUAUUUAAAACCAAAGUCCAGAUGCACUUGCAUUUAUCUUUUGCAUUUGGGCUUCUUGCACUGUUAAUACAGUCCCUCACAGUCAAUGUGGACAUUCACUUUUAUCGACUUAGCCCAGACACAGCUUGUUUAUGAUGAACCUCUUAUCAUAAACCUCCCUUUAAACAACUUUUUAAAGUCAUUUUUAAAACUCCCACAAAAGAACAAAAUUUUCUAGCUGUACCUGUGUUGAAUGUAAGGCAUUUUAACUAUUUAGACCUCUUUAAGCCCUGUGUGGUCUGAGGGGGGCAGCCUUGUUGCUUUUCUUAGAUUGUAUUUUAGCCAUUACGUGUCAGGUUUUGCAGUGCAGAUCGCAGGUCAGGGUCUGAGAGCUUUUGAGGGCGGAGCUGUUAGUCGUUCGGCAUGCCCUUCACGCCCCUCUAUGACACAUAACUGUACUUUAUAAAAGGUGAGGAAUAUAGAUGCUGCCUUAAAGUUAGUUGCUGGUGGGAUCUGCACCGUGCGGGUUUCCCUUCGUCUGGCUGGGAAAAGUCUUUCUUUUCAAUCUUAAUCCUUUUGAAGAGCUGUCACAUUUUUUUGGGGGGGGAAACAGUUAAAUAAGAUGUUAGACAAAAGUUAUCAUUCAGUUUGUUGUGUUAUCAAGUGAGUUUUGAUAUUUAUUUGUUUUUGUUUUUUUUUCUGGUGGACCUUCGUUUUUAGUAACAAUCUUCAUUAUUUAGGCUGUUACUGAAAUAUUUUCUGUUUUCUAAGUCCAACCUUAUUCUAAGCAGUGACUGUUUGAUGGUGUAGCUUCACUGCCUUCGUGCAUUGGUGUGUUUGUGUGCAAGCAGGUGUAAUAUAUACAAUGAGUAAUGACAUUAAAAACACUGCAGGCGGCGCCACUGCUGCAUUUAUUAUGUUGGAGGGGCACAAGGUGAAGAAUAUUUAAGUGGAUAAAGUUUUAUCCAACAUCUUUCUGCUGUACUCAUACAGUUCCAGUUUGUACAGAGGAUAAAGGGCAUUUCUUUUUUCUUUGUGGCUCCUUACAAAGUGGGUAGUGGGUCACCUUUCUUCUUCAGUGCUGGCUUCAGCCCAACAACCCUCUGGUCACUGCCUUUCAGGCUCCUGUCACCUGACUCGCUGGAUAAGUACACUUUAUAUAAUGUGUUGUGCCUGUAUACCUGCAUCCAUGUGCGAGUGUGAGCUUAUGUGUGUCUAUUACAGACCCCCCCCUCCACCUCUUCAUACCACAUUACCUCAGGAGCAGUGAGCUGCGCUCAGUGUUGAAGCUGCAUUGAGGGAUGAGUGCUGACAGAAGCUGUGGUCAUUUUCGCUGAAUACUUUGGAUUUAGUGUUGCUUUUCUUUCUUUUUUCCUUUUUGUCGUCAGUAACUGCAUGCAAGGUCUCGUCACUCAGGAAGCUGUGAAGUUGGAAGUAUGCGGAUCCUUUUGUCUCUCCGAUGAUUUUUGGAGUUAAUUCAAUUUUAAAUUGUUUAAAAACUAACCUGAUCUGUGUACAAACAGGUGCAUAUGCAAGUGGUUAUUGAAUACCUCAUUUAUCAAUUUUAUGUUGUUUUUUGGCUUGUACAAUGCUCCCUAUAUUAAUUCAACUGUGGGGUUUGUGCAUAUUUUUGUACUGUUAUUAUUAUUAUGGACAUGAUAAUAAUGAUAUUACUGAUAUUAUAGUUUUCUCUUUGAUUAAAGCAAACAAAAAAAAAUAGGACAAAACCUGAAUGCUUGUAAAAACUGGUUUGUGCUGAUUGUAUUUAUGAGGAGCACUUUUCAAAAGUGGUUUUCACACAUUCAGUUUUGUUCAUAUCAGUUAAUAUAAAGAUAUGGUUCUCAGGGCUUUAAACUUGUAUGUCAUGAUAAAGUUUUACUUUAUAUCUUAUUUCUCUGUGUGUUGGUUUUGUUUUGUUUUUUUCUUUUUUUCUUUCAGCUGACAUCACCAAAUAUGGACGCGCCAACGUGAUCAACGUGUUUUUACAUUUCUGCUUUGAAGCUUAAACACAGACGUGUGUUUACACUCCUUAAACUUCGU